AUGAGUUUGAUAAGAUUUGUGGAGCAACUAGACGUUUUGAGUUGUGUGUUCUUGAAGAUGCCAAGAAACUUGAAUGGUCAGACGCGUACUUUCGCGUUGCCCGCUUUGUGGAACGAUUUAGUUGCAGAAUUCGAGGUAUGCAUUGUUGGAGUCACCAGAACAGGUGAAAUCGUCUUGUCUCGACAUUAUUCCGACCUUCUUUCCCUUAUCUACUACAAUCUCGAGAGAAACACUCUCACAAAAGUUGAAGUCCAGGGAUUGCGUACGUUCAGGCAUUGGGAAGCUCACACCUUUCUGGAUCAUGUAGAGGAUGUGAAGCAUGGGGGAGUGUUUAGGACAACAUAA